AUGAAACUCCGAAACUCCAAAGAAACCAAUCCCCAAAAUUUUAUGGCCUCACCAUCUCGCGAAAGGUCCGAGACCCCACCUCCUCCAGAGGAACCCUACAACUGGGGUACCGCAGACGACAUGCGCAAUUGGAUCUGCCCAGAGGUGAACCCUCAUAUAAUAGAUACUCUCCGAGAUGUCCACCCACACACUCUCGAAGAGACCUUUCAUUGGUAUGCUCGCCCCGGUUCUCCGGUCUGGGUGCUUAGCUCUAGUAAAAAGAGGCCCGUCCCGACUUGGCGUCAGGGUUACAUUGUAACGGAAGAUAAGACACAUUAUACAACCAAGGGAGUAUUCCGUUCAUAUGUGGUUCAGUAUAUCAUUGGAGGCGAGACUGUCAAAACCGUUCUCUGUCCUGGCCUGGAGCCGGAGUUGAAGCCAGACACGCCCCAAGUGCGACAGCUUUUGCGCGAAGCCGGUUUCCCCGCGGGACCCUGAGCCUCACUUAUAUCGGGGCAAAAGCCGUAUUUUCUCUUUUUCGCCCAGGAGGUCUCUUCUCAUUUUCGACUUUUGACACACACACAGCAAGCCACAUUGUAUACCACACCCACACGCAUAGUAUGUACACCACCGCUAUCACUACAAUGUUGCAUCGUAUAGUCGCAGGAAUAUCAUCUCAUUAAUCU